AUGCACCAAACACAAGAGAGGCCGCCGUGGCAGCUCCUGGUCAAACGUGUGACUGUCGCCAGCCUGCUCAUCAGUAUAAUUCUGCUCUACGCUCUUUCAACAUUCCACAUCAACAUCAGUCCACCAGAACUCCCAGUGCCUCACUCUUGUGCUCCCCAACCAGACAAGCACAGCACCCAGCCAACCACAAAGAGCUCACAGCAAGACAAUGACAUCUGUGUUCCGAAAGUAGAUAUCAUGUUUAUGAAGACCCAUAAAACUGCCAGCAGCACCUUCCUCAACAUCCUGUUCCGCUUUGGAGAGAAGCACAAACUCAAAUUUGCCUUCCCUAGCAGCCGUAAUGACUUCUUCUAUCCCUCGUCUUUUCAGCGCACAUAUGUUCAAGGCUACAAGUCUGGAAUGUGUUUUAACAUCAUGUGUAACCACAUGCGAUUCAAUGCACCCGAAGUGGCCAAAGUGCUGCCCAGAGACACUUUCUACAUCACAAUCCUGCGAGAUCCAGCAGAGCUCUUUGAGUCAUCCUUUCAUUACUUUGGUCAUGUUGUUCCUCUGACUUGGACAAUACCAGGUGAGGAUACGAUGGCUGAGUUCCUGCGUGAUCCAAACCACUACUUCAGCAAAAGUGGAUUAAACUCCUUUUACCUGAAGAACCUGCUGUUUUUUGACUUUGGGCAGGACAACACUCUGGAUCCAGAUGACCCCCGUGUAGAGGAGAGCAUCAAGGCCAUCUCUGAGCGUUUUCACCUAGUUAUGCUAAUGGAGCAUUUUGAGGAGUCACUCAUCCUGCUUAAGGAUGCUCUCUGCUGGGAGAUGGAUGACCUCCUCUUCUUCAAGCUCAACUCUCGUAAGGAAUCCAUUGUAUCUAAACUGACUCCGGAGCUUAGGGCGAAGGCUCUGCAGUGGAAUGCCAUUGACUGGGAGCUUUACAAACAUUUUAACCACACCUUCUGGGAGAAGGUGGAGGCUUAUGGAAGAAAGCAUAUGGCAGAGGAUGUCGCAGAGCUCAGGAGGAGGAACAUGGAAUUGGUGGAGAUCUGCAUUGAGGGAGGUCAUGCUGUUGAUGCUGGAAGCAUUCAUGAUGCAGCCAUGCAGCCGUGGCAGCCCAUUGGAGAGAGGUCAAUUGAAGGAUACAAUUUGAAAAAAAAUGUAGACAAAGCUCAUCAGGAGUUGUGCCGAAAAAUGUUAACUCCGGAAAUUCAAUAUCUGACAGACUUGGGGGUUAACUUGUGGGUCACAAAGCUGUGGGGACAUGUCAGGAAGAUCAUUAACUUAUGA